AGAAAUCUUCAUGGUUGAGAAGGUGAUAGACAGCCAAUGUGGUAAUGCUGGUCGUGAGAUUAGCUUUGCCCCGUGACUAAAACGGAUUUCUUAAUUUGUUUAUAAACUCGUAUCCUCCUUUCUGACCUUGCUUAUUAUAUUUUUAUUUUGGUAUCAUUGCAAUUAUUUUUUUAUAAACAAUUGCCAAUCUCAUCAACCUCUUCUAUGUCAGCCUUUACAUCACAUCCUUGUCGUAUCUCUUGGUUUUAGUAUCAAUAUGUGGUCGCAACGUUGUUCAUGCUAAUCUUGUAGCUAUUGUACGAGGAACGAAUUCUUGCAACCUGGAGUUGGAGUCAUGGAUCAUGAAACUAAUGAGGCGGAACCCGAUCUGAGUGGCUCAUUUUGUCAGACAAGCAGUGUGGGCUCUCCAGUGAGUCGAUGCUCUUUAAGUUUACCACGCAGCUUAUCCUUCCAGGUAGAUGAUGAUAUUGAAAGUGAAAAUGUGUCAGAGACAGGUGAUAUUGGUGACAGGGCUCUGCACAGCAAGAGGCACAGUGAAAGUGGCAGCAUCAGGUUAUCGGACAAGGGAUUAGAAAAUGGUAUGUCGGUUCCCAUUUCAGAGGGCUCUGCACAGCAUGAUUCCACAGCUUUGAAUACAAGAUCCCCAAUGUCACUUUUGCCAGAAGAAAUCAUAUCUCCUAUAUCGAUUGAUGUGUUGGUCUGCUCCAAGGAAAAACAAGAAGACAAAGAGAAAGCAUUUGCGUUGCCACCAUUACUCGAGUAUAUGUCCUGUCUUGUGUAUCUGGCAGUUUUUGGAAUUCUUGGGGUUUUAACGAGGUACAAACUACAGAAACUCUUUGGCCCUGGUGUUGCUGGGGUGACAAGCGACAACUACCCGCUAUAUCUUGACCUACCUUCCAAUAUGGUGGGGUCGUUCUUGAUGGGAUGGUGGGGUGUUGUUUUCAAAGGAGAUAUAUCCAGAGUGUCUGAUCAUUUGGCUAUUGGAUUAACCACUGGUUACUUAGGAAGUCUCACAACUUUUAGUGGUUGGAAUCAGAAAAUGCUUGAUCUCAGUGUUGAUGGCCAUUGGGUGUUUUCUUUUGUUGGCUUUCUCAUAGGGUUAUUCCUUGCAGCAUACGCCAUAAAAUUGGGUGUUGGUACGGCGAAAUGUUUCAAGUCAUUUCUCGAGAGGUCAAACAGAAGUUCAGAUUUAGCCGGUUGGAGGGUGGACAACUGCUAUCAUCAUUUGGGAGUCCUGGUGGUAUUGGUGGUAAUACUAGGCCUUUUAUGGAGCGUGAGCUGGGCAAUGCUCAAGAAGGAGUAUAACCACGACAGUGGUGGGGCUCAGCUAUGGCUGGCUUGCAUAGUUGCACCCCCAGGGGUGUGGAUCAGGUGGUUCUUAGCACGGCUCAAUGGUCGUGGGUUGGGGAAGGCGGGUUCUCUGAAAUGGGUUCCAUUUGGAACCCUUAUUGCAAAUGUUUCUGCAGCUUGUAUCAUGGCAGCAUUGUCUACUGUGAAGAAAGCGGUGCAUACCAAAACCUGUGAGACUAUUUCAACAGGCAUACAGUUAGGAUUUUUGGGUUGUUUAAGUACUGUCUCCACUUUCAUUGCCGAGUACAACGCCAUGGAAGAAAGCCAGAAAAACUGGAGAGCUUAUGCAUAUGCCCUGAUGACAAUAGCUGUCUCAUUUGGCUUGGGGAUCCUAAUAUACUCUGUACCUGUUUGGACCAGGGGAUACAAAUAGCAUGUCAGGUUUUUUUUUGGGUUAAAAAUUAAUAUUUUUAAUGUUUUCGAUCGUUUUCUUAAAAAUAAUUUUAAAAAAAUAAAAAAAAAAUAUCAUUUUGAUGCAUUUCAGAAUGAAAAGCACUUUGAAAAGUAACUGCAACGCCACUCCCGAACAUACCCUUCUUUUUUUUGGUUGUUGUUUUACUGUAUGUUAAUUUUGACAUGAUGCAGAAAUUUGACUCUUGCUUAAUGAAGAUCGUGUACAGGGUAUUUGAGA